GGAUAUUUCGGUUCUGGGCCUUUAACAGUGUGGGCUACGCCGCUGGCCCAGGAUAUUCUCAUCCUCCCGGCUAUGCCUCAGCUUCCGAGCUCGGAGAUCGCUUAGCGGAGCAAGAACAGCGGCAGCAAUGUUCGGAGCUUUGAAAUUGCCGCCACCGUGCCGGGCGGCGAAGCAUAACCUCACUCCCGCACUGCCCAGUGCCGUUAAGCUCUGCCGGCUGUCGUACAAUCUCAGGCCGCCGAAUCGACGACUCGCUUUGCGUUCGGUGCGAUCACAAUCGCUAUCGUCAUCGCCGUCUGAUCCAUCGACUUCAUCGCCUUAUACGGAGACUAUUGGACAUUCUUCUCCUGCAAUUCUUCAGCUCUCUCAGUGGGCGCUAACUCAACGCCACAUCCUUGUUCUCAAUGUCGUUGCCUGCGCGACUGCUAUUUCUGCGACCUGGCUCUUUUGUUCUGCAAUUCCCACUCUUCUGGCAUUCAAGAGAGCGGCCGAAUCACUAGAGAAGCUCAUGGAUGUCACAAGGGAGGAACUUCCGGGCACUAUGGCAGCCAUUCGGUUAUCUGGCAUGGAAAUUAGUGAUCUGACCAUGGAGCUCAGCGAUCUUGGGCAGGAAAUCACACAAGGUGUGAGAAGUUCCACUAGAGCUGUUCGAGUAACAGAAGAGAGAUUGCGUGGCUUGACAAACAUGACUCCAACAGCCUCAGUGCAGGAAAUGACAGUAACCAGUCCGAAAGUGGGGGCAGCAGAGCCAGUUCUAGCUAAAAGAGCGAGGGGCAUUAAGGAGGGAAUAGUAAAGGGCCGUUCCAUCUUCAAAUUAUUUCUAACUCUUACAAGAUUUUCUGGGCUGGCCUUGAAUUAUUUGACUGGACGAGGUAAAAAGUAGAGUAAAAGUGGGAGCAAAAUUAAAUUUUGACUGCUGUGAGCCUUUCGUUUUGAGUUGACAAGUUCAUAUGGAAGGAACUUCCCUUCUUUCGUUUUUUGCUGCCAUUAGAUGAUGGUUUGUUGCAUAGUUGGUUUCUGUUCUUCCCAGCUUAGGACUUCCGUUAUUGUUCAGUUCUGAUAUACAGGCAUAAGGUUUAUAGCUUAUGCGGGCGAAGGAAUUUCUGGUUGUGAUACAAGACUAUUAGUAUCAGAGAUAUCUUGUUUGUUAACGUUAACUAUUGGCGUUUUUGGCGAGUUGGGGAAGAUUAUGUAGUUUCCCCUUGUCAAGAAACCAAACUUCCAUUUAGAAAAAUGAGCUAAAAAGUUUAAAUUAUUGAAAAUAA